CCUUUCCUUAAUAACAUGAAGAGCCGCACGACCUAUGGUGCUGUCCCAUUUGUGGUGGAACCACGACACUGCCCGGACCCGGGCCUGCUGGCAUGGCCUCACCCGACAGCUUGCGACCGUUACACCCGCUGUGAGAAUGGCACAGUCACCGAGGAGGUGUGUCCCAACGGACUUCUCUUCGACCCCAACGGAGGCAUCUACGACUUCUGCAACUACAAUUGGCGUGUGGACUGCGGCGACCGCAUCGAAAAGCCGGGUCCUAUUCCUUCUCCUGACUGCCCGUGGCAGUUCGGAAUCUUUCCCAGUGGAAGCUGUUUGCAAUACUUCAAGUGCGAGUUCGGGCUUGCCAACUUGACCAACUGUGAACCAGGACUUGCGUAUGACGAUGCCACACACUCCUGCAACUGGCCAGACCUAGUUGACGGAUGUGAUUCUGAAGCGAUCGUGGGAUUCCGGUGUCCCGACAAGGUGACUGGCCCUGGUGCCAAAUUCUACCCAUACCCACGUUAUCCUCAUCCGGCUGAUUGCACGCGCCUUAUCACCUGCGUCAACGACAAGCCACGUCUGAUUAGCUGUGGAUACGGCAAGGCCUUCAGUCAGUACAGUUACACUUGCGAAGAUGCCUCAAAUGUGCCAGACUGCCCUAUUGUUCAUUAUCAGAAGAAGUGAAGAGCCUACUGCAAAACACAAGUUCUACCUGCUACCUUCUUUUUCAAAAUAACCACUGCACGCAUUGUGUUUCUUUUUGUUUAAAAUGCACCAGUGUUUCUAAUUAGACUAUUAGGAAUUACAGUAAGUAGACACCUCAAUUGGAAAAUACGGCGCAGAUGAUGAAUGAUUAUUUUUUAAAGAUGAACAUUAUCUGAUCAAGUGAUUAAAACAAUUAGCAAAAAGAU